AUGGGACACUUUCUGGAGAAAGCUACCGUGAAUGAGGCCGAAUACUCUGGAUUAGUCAAGGGCAUGCAACUCGCUCUAGACCUGGGGGUCCAGGAACUUGUUGUGGUCGUGGACUCUCGACUCGCAAUACAGCAGCUCCAGGGCGUCAUAGCUUCUUUAUGCCUCGUGCACGUGAAAAGAGAUUUCAACGCUGCUGCCGACUACAUCUCCAAGCGAGUCAUCCAGGACCAGUCAUCAUUGGAGGUCGCGGACCCCGGGGAACGCAAGUUGCUCCAAGGCCUGAAUCGGAUCCACGAAAAACUGAUGAAGGACCCGAGCCCCCGUGAACAGUCGCUGAUGGAGUGCGCGUUCUUAGCCAUAGCUCGGAAUAUACCCAAGUGCUACUCAAGAGGUUUAGGAGGCGACGUGUUCGCGGUAACGCGCUCGAAGUCCAAACAGGUCAAGGCCACAGAGAAGUCGGUUACGGGAACCGGGAUCGACGACUCUGGAACCAACGACUCUGGAACCGACGACCCCGGAACCAAUGACCUCGGAACCGACGGUCCGGAGGACGAGCCGACAGCCGCUCCCCGGAGCCCCAAUUGCCAGGACUUUGAGGAAGACCCGGAAAAUGUUCGCAGAGAACGAUGGAGAAGGAUUUGCUCUCACCAGGCACACGACCUGGGGCUAGCGCCUUUGGUAAAGUUCCUCCGGGGUGAGACUGAACACUUGUCCCUGAAACAAACUACAUACUUGGUCAAGAUAGCGGACCGGUUUGUAUUGGACCCCCUGGAUGCCCUGUUCUAUGAGAUUCGGAGCACCCCGGAACGUCCCCGAGACGCCGCAGACCGCCUCCGCCUGAUAGUCCUCCAGGACCUCCAGGAAGACAUCCUGCACCACUGUCACGCGAACUUCCAAGGCGCUCAUCAGGGGAUCAUCCGGACCUCCUACGAGAGGCUGCGCAAGGAGUUCUACUGGAUCGGCAUGUUCAAGGACACCGAGCGAUAUGUCAAAGAAUGCGUUGACUGCGUCACGGCCAAGGUACUACCCCGGAACCCGGGACCGUCGCCCGGUAACCUGUUGGCUACGCGACGGUUUCAGGUCGUUUCCAUGGACUUCGUGAUACCGCUGCCCCAGUCCGCCCGGGGAAAUACGGCAUUGCUCCUGUUUGAGGGCGCGUUCUCGGGGUUCAUCAUGUGCAAGGCCAUGGCGAGCACCGAAGCCCAAGACGUGUCCGAAGCCUAUGAGGAGUGCGUGUUCCGGAGGUUCGGGGCCAGUGAGAUGAUCCGCCAUGAUCGAGAUCCGCGCUUCAUGGGUCGGGUGUUCAAGCACUUUCGGGAGAAGCUCGGGAGCAGGCAACGCGCCACUCUAAGAUAUCGUCCCCAGGCCAACGGACAACAAGAGAGGUCUGUGCAAACGGUAAUCCGGAGCGUUAAGGCGCAUACUGUGGACCAAAGGGACUGGGAUGAACUAGCCGAAAAGCUCAUGUGGGCGCUGAACACCUCCUUCGUCUUCACCCGACUCGACACGCCGUUUUAUCUGGUGUAUGGUUGGGAUGCCCAAGGUACCGUCGAAGCCAUGAUGGGAGACGUCCCCCGAGACGUGCAGCUCCGGGACGCCCAAGAAUGGUGCACCAAGGUACAACGCCAAGUGGAAUACGCGAGGGCCUGGGCCCGAGACCUCAAAGAGAAAGCCAAGAAGCGCCGGGCCGAGGACCACAACCGCAAGUGGAAGCAACUUACAGACCGACUGAAAGAAGGCUUCGAGGUCGGGGAUCCAGUAUGGCUGUACCUAGCCCGAGUCCGCCCCGGACUCACCAAGAAGCUCGCACAUCUCUGGCACGGCCCGUUCCGGAUCCGGGAAAAAGGUAGCGAUUUCCGAUACCGCCUCCAGGUCGAGGGUACGGAAUACCGGUUUCACCCCUGGGUCCACGUUAGCAGGUUGAAACCCCGAGCGAAAUACCCGGAGCGGCAUUCGGGAACCAUAGACAUCCCCGAGGACGAUGACUUCGACGCUGCAUUGAUCCGUGAAGAUAGUUGGGAGCCUGAUGAAGGCUCCGGGGAGUACGAGGUGGAAGCCAUACUCGAC